AUGGAGCAUGACUCUGCGUCGAGCUGCGAAAGCUGUCUGAGAGAUUUUGAUGUUACGGAAGAUCUCUCGCGUUCAAGGGAAGUACGAACAAUCGAAAAUUCAAUUUGUACCGCGAGUUCUGCUUCACGGCAGAGUCUCGAAGUCAUGGCUUCUCAGCCAAAGCUCAAACUGGGAAUGGUAAACAGAAGCCUUUCUUCUCAGGUAAUGGAAUAUUAUCACAAAUAUUCUCAAAAUACAAAUUUGGAUCAAUAUUUUUCUUUACCCACAACUAGUACAUCGCCAGAAGCUGUCAAAUAUUAUUACAGCAUAUACGAGCUAAAUCCCAAAUUGGGGACGAAUAGAGAAGAUUGCAUUGGCGAGGAGUACAGUUUGCGUCGGUACGUACCCAGAGAGAGAAGAAGAUGGGUGAGGCCUCCUCUUAUUGGACAAUCUUCAAACACAGAUUCAUCGACUGGCUACGUUCAACCAUUAUCAAAUCCAGAAUCACCAUCUCCUGAUUUCAAAUGCCAUACCCCAGAAAUUAUUAUCGAAGAGAAGAAUGAAAAUCAGGAGAUUCUAACAGAAACUGUAGAACGUAAAGUGCCUUCUCCAACUUCUAGUAUCGCUUCUCACAAGCCAUUGGAAUGGGACAGUGGUGCAGAUGUUGGUUACUUCAAUUCAUUGCCUCAAAAUAAACAAGGUGACAAAAAAUUAAGUACCAUUGAGCGUAUGGCUUUAGCUAGAGGUUGUUCUGCUGCUUUAAGAUUAGAUCCCGAAGGUACUACAGAAUCUGGAAUCUCUGGUAAGCUUGGAGCGCCACAAAGGAACUCUAAACCAUCCGUUACACCAGAUGCUAAUUCCACUUCGUUAUUAGGGAAUAUAUCAGGUUCUGAAAGUGAAAUUGAAAUUACUCCUAUUGUGAAGAAUCAUUUGCCGGGUAUAAUAGCAGGGAAUAGUAUAAAGUCUAAUGAAAGAUCACUACCCAGAGACUUCAAGCAACAGGAUACGCUUGUUCAACAUUCGCGGAAAGAGCAAAGUAAUGAUACAUCUAAAUUGUCAUUUUCAUUUAAGAUACCUACUGCGAAGAAAACAGAGCCAAGGACGACGAUAAACAAGCAGAAUAUAAAUAAGGAGAACAUAUGCCUUCCGACGUCGCCGUUGAAAAAGAGCACAUCAAUGAAUACGUUAGCUAUACCGUUCUCUAAACUAACGUUGAAGAGAAGUCAGAGCGAGUUAAAUCUAUACGCCAAGGAUAAAAACAGAGCCGCGAUUCCAUUGAUCUUCAACUCUUCGUCGUCGAUCGCAACCAUUGUAAAUAAGCCUUCCACUUGUGAUAAAGUGAUACAAACGAGCCUGAACGCUUGCAGCCAAGAGUCCGUUGGCGUUCAGGUCUCUGUUAUUGAGGAGGAGAAGCCGCCAUUACCAAAGAGAGGAACUAGUUUGCAAAAAAGUAUGACUGUAGUGAUGAAGAAUUCAAAAGGGACGUACAGAGUUCGGAAUUCGAGGAACAAGCAACAAGCCGAUGGAUCCCACGAGGCCGGCGAACAUGGGAAGAUAACGAAGUCGCGUCGCAGCUGCUCGGAACCAUCUGAAUAUGGCUCGAGUACGCAGACGCCUCAGCCGGACGAGACCGAGAAUAUAACCGGCAGAGCGAACAGUUUCGAGUAUUUCCCUGGCCAUAUUUACGAGAACGUGCCGAACGGAAGCGGCAGCCGCGUCUCAUCUACGGACACAGGCAGGUCGCAGUCCACAUUGCCAAACACGAGCUCCAGCAUUAACGAGAAACUCUGGGGAGAUUCGGACAGUCUGGUCAGGGAUCUGGAACGAAGUGUGAACAUUUUAAAGAGCUUGGUCGAUGCGAACAAAUGCGACAAGGAUGUGAAGAAAAGACUGAUACAUCAUGUGGUCAAGAGACUUAUAACCGCCAAAUACACCGACGACAGAAUCGAGCAUAAUUUAGAGGAUAACGUACCGUGGAAUCCGGACGACGCUAGGAACAAAGUGUACAGAACAGAGAUACUACAAGCUUUGACGAAGAAACACACCACCAGCGAUUCUUCGGGGGACUGGAACACGCGUAAGGAAACGGCCUGUGAUCGAAAACCCAUCGUGAACGGACGAGGCAUCACGAAGAAUGUAGCUUCGGGGAGCAGCAGCGACAAGAUCGAUAAGCAUACGGAUAGAACGGAGACCGACGGACGAAAGGCGAGGAUGGGUCUCAGAUCGGACGAUUGUCGUCGAAGCACUAACACACCAACGGAACCGGACAAGAGCGAGAGCUCCGAGUGUUUCUUCCCCCACAGGGGACGCAAGGGGAAAAAAGCACAGGAUCUGUUCUGCGCGAAAGAGAGGUGCAAGAUAUCGCGAGGAGAGUCGAGUAUAUCGAAUAGCACGCCAGCCGAUCAUAACAGGAUGCUGCUAGACGCGGUUCUUAACAACAGAAGACCAAAGAACGUUCGUUCGAGUAACACCGAGGAACAGGUGGACUGGAGAUUGUUGACCACCAUGUCGGAGAGGCAGUUCGAGAUGAAGAAGUGCGGGAACUCGGAUUCCGGGGACUCGAAAUUGGUCAGCUACGCCGAGAUGGAGAAGAGGAAUCAAUUGAUCUGGAUCACGAACGAGAUCAGCCAUUUGUCCAAUCUGAAGAAACUAUUGGAGGAACCGCGAAGGGUCGAAAGAUCCCGAAUGUCGCCCAGAAAAUCGAGAUCAACGAACGUCAAAUCGAUGCCAAUUCCAUCGAUUGACCGUGUCCAUGGUUGCGUCAGAGAAGACGAUUAUUUGCGACGAACCGAGUCCGACGGACAGGCGAAUUCCCUAGACGAGCCAUGGUCUUCCCACUGCAACUUGGCAGCAUGCCAACCACCUAAUAGAAUCAACAGCGUGAUUCAAAGGAUUAGAAAGCGAAAUAGCUGUGCCCAAACGGCAACGAACGUUACCAGCGCUCAUUCGAAAACCGGCGGUGAAAUCGUGUCCGCCUCGAACAUCCAUCAUAGCACGAUGAAACUAGUGAACACCGGUGUGCAAACCGAGCCGCAAGAGGCAUCCACGAUUCCCACCUUGAUACAGUCUGAGAUCGUGCACUACAUCAAGUGUCCCGCCCACAACGCGAUGCACUUCCAGAACAGUUUCAAGGGCAACGUGGAAACCACCACUAGUCAGUGUUUGAAGCACUGCUCGAUUCAAAACGUGCUGCCUACUUGCGUCUACUGCCUGCAGGAACGCAAGGAUCAAUCGAACACGGUGCACGGGAACGCUGAUCAUUAUAGGGAGGUAAGUCCUGUGGGUACGCGCACACCAUUAAAUUGUGCAAAUGACGACAGCACAAACUCGUUGGAGAUCGUUCACCCGUGCACGAACAAGGAAGUGAAUCAGUUCAAGCAAAAGGAGACCAAGAAUCAGAUAAACGCCUCGAAAUCACGGUACACUUGCGACUGUAAACGCGAGAGUAAAAGGCCGAUGUCUAAAGGAUGCCAGACAAGUCCUACUGCCCAAAUGUUACCAACCAAUAACGUCUCGAAAUGCGAGGAGUGCCAGAAGAAGGUGUCCUCCAUGCAAGAGAAGGAGACAGUUGACGAGAAAGGGUGCAACUGUACAACCGUCUGCGAGUGCGACAACGAACAGUCAAAGAUGGGGCGGGCAGCGUUGUUCCGAUCGAACACGAAAUCCCAUCAGGAUAGUAAUGGAUACGCGUCGAGUUUCGAGCAGAACGGACGCGUGAAAUUGUGCGGCUGCUCGACCGAUUGUUCCUGCGAGAACAAAGGUGGCACCCAUCAUUAUGGUCACUGGCCGGAAGCGGAGGAUCGGCCGAUUCGGAUGUGGCCCUACUGUACCAACAACGGACAAUCCCCUGUCGAGGCUGCUCAGUGCAAAGUACAAAAUAGCUCGAAAUGCAACUGCGAAAAAGAUUGCUUGUGCAGUAACAGAACGGCCAAGAACGCCGAGGAGAAAUUAUAUGUAAGAGGCUACCAGAGAGGAGCCGGUGAUUCCGAUCGAAGUUGCAAAUAUUGUGGGCGCUGCAACGCGGGCACCACGGCGUCGCAGAACGUGAAGAAGUCCGGUUAUCAUCAGGAGUACCCGAAAGCGGUUGCGUACGAGCUGUCGUUCGCGAAAGAGAAAGUGCCAUUACCGAAUCGUAUUGUUAACGGGAAUAAAACCGACGGCUGUGCCUGUAACACGAUAAACAGGAUUAGUUUGAAUAAGAACACUCCGCAGACAGAUACUUUACAGGAUUACCUGACCAGGAACAAAGCGGAUUUCGUGAGCAACGCGGAAACGCGCAGGCAGUACAUGUCGGAGAUAUCUCAUUUGCGACAAUUGCGAAAGGAGAAACGGGUUCAGUUACUCGCGAUGGCCAGUACGUCGAGCGUUCUGAAGUCACCGAAGUCUUUCGCGAAACCAACAGUUUGCACGCUGAAAAAGGUCAGCGACGAGGAGAUAAGGCAAAGGCUGCGAAAGCGAUACCUGCGUUGGAACGAGGUGAGACAAAAGAAACGGCAGCAGGAGAAACAAGAAGAGACACGGCGUAACAAACUGAUGGCGAAGAUAUUUGGCAAGAAACUGCAACAGAAGGUACUGAGGGGCCAGGUAGAUCUGUCCCAGAGCGUUAGCGUUAUAUCGAACAUGUAACGUUAUAGAUUCGUUUGUACUUGCGUAGAUUAAAUAUCGAUUUACGUAU